AAGGGGCAGCGCGGAGCGGAGCGGCCAUGGCGCCCAAAGGGAAGGCGGGCACCAAGGGCAAGAAGCAGAUCUUCGAGGAGAACCGCGAGACGCUGCGCUUUUACCUCCGCAUCAUCCUCGGGGCUUCCGCCGCGUACGCCGUGAUCAACCUGCUCGUGUUCUACUCGACCGCUUCCGCGUGGACGUGGCUGGCGUUCGCGUUCAGCUCGGCGGUGUACGGCGCCAGCUACCGCUCCAUGAGCUCCAUGGCACGGCCGGCGUUCGCGGAUGACGGCAGCCUCGCGGACGGCGGGAUCGACCUGAACAUGGAGCAGGGGAUGGCAGAGCACCUCAAGGAUGUGAUCCUGCUGACAGCAAUGGUCCAGGUUCUGAGCUGCUUCUCACUCUACGUCUGGUACUUCUGGCUCUUGGCUCCGGGCCGUGCUCUCUACCUCCUGUGGGUGAACAUCCUGGGGCCCUGGUUUACAGCUGAAUCUUCAGCCCCCAGUCAGGAGCCGAACGAGAAGAAGCAGCGCCGCCAGGAACGCCGCCAGAUGAAGCGCUUCUAGCCCUGGCUGAGGAGAUAGGUGAAUGCUGUCUCUCAUUUCCAUGCUGUUAUCUCAUCAGGGAUGCGACUGAAGCCAAUCAGAAAGCAUCGCAGUAUC